AUGCCAACUGAUGCAAGUACUUGUGAAGAGAAGGAGCGAAAUCCUUGUGACAUUUGGGCCGCUUCAAGUAUUGUUAAGGGGGCUAAGCAUAGCGAGAAGACGAAAGGGAAGAUGAAGCAAAGCGAGUUUGAUGGAGAUGAUUAUGAUGUUGACAAGCAUGACGAGAAGAAGAAAGGAAAUAUGAAGCAAGAUGAGGUUGAUGGAGAUGAUUAUGAUGCUGCCAACAUCAACUCUGAAAAAGAAAACAGAGAAAAAUUGGCAAAGAGUCCGUUGGUCGAAUUGGUUAAGACGGGAUAUCUUUUCCUCAAUAAAACAGUUUUGAAAGCGAGGUUUGAGUUAUGUGCAAUGAAGCAUAACUUUCACUACACAGUUACCAACUCCGAUAAAUCAGUUUGGUGUUUAAGAUGCGCUGAUAAGGUGUGUUUUUGGGGUGCACGAGUAGAGUGUUUGAAGGGAUCCACAUAUUUUAUUAUUAAGAAGUAUGUUGGUGUACAUUCCUGCGCACCUUCAAGCAAAACCAGUGCCGGUAAGACAGCUUCAGCGAAAACGAUAGGCGGUCUUAUCAUGCAUAAAUAUGAAGGUAUCAAGGAAGGGCCUAAAGCGAAAGAUAUUGUUCAGAUUAUGCGUAAUGAUUAUGGAUUCAACGCUGUUAGAGGUAUUCUAGAGGAAAGUUAUGAGAAAAUACCAAAAUACUUGCACAUGCUGCGAGAGGCCAAUCCGGGUACACAUUCCUCUUAUGAGACUGACGUCAAUGGUAGAUUUCGAUAUCUGUUUAUAGUGUUUGGUCAAUCGAUCAGAGGCUUUAGCAAGGUCAUGAGGCGUGUCAUUGUUGUCGAUGGAACGUUCUUGAAGAGUGAAUUCAAAGGGGUGCUACUGGUUGCAACUGCUAUAGAUGGAAAUUCAAAUUUAUAUCCUAUUGCAUUCAGGAUAGUAGACUCUGAGAAUGAACAGACUUGGGAAUGGUUUAUGAGACAGUUAAAAGUUGUUGUUGCUGGUGAUAAUGGUUUGGCUUUUAUUUCAGAUAGACAAAUGUCAAUAGCGAAGGCACUGGAGAAAGUGUAUCCGCUAGCGAGACAUGGUAUUUUUAUUCAUCAUUUGUUGAAUAAUGUGAUAUCAUAUUUCAAGGGGAAGGGAUUAGCUGGGUUGAUUUCUAAGGCUUCGAAGGCUUAUAGAGUGGUUGAUUUCAAGAAAACGUUUGCUCAUGUUUGCAAUAUCAGUCCAGCAAUUGGAAAUUAUCUUAUGGAAGCGGAUGUCAAAAAGUGGGCUAGAUGUCAAUUUCAUGGAUACAUGUAUGACAUUAGGAUAAACAAUUCUGCAGAGUCGAUAAAUUAUGCGUUGCGUUCGCCGAGAGAGUUUCCCGUAAUUCCUAUGUUAGACAGUAUUAGAGAAAUGCUGACACACUAG